UUAUUUAACUCCCUUUGAUUUAAAAACGCCGUUUGCAGCAACGUAAUGAAUCGAUCGCGAUAAAAGUACAGAUGUUGGCACAAUGAGAUGACAAAGAGGUCACAUGAUGAUAUGAAUAGUUUGAGAAAUUGUCAGGAAAUUACAAGUCUUCACUCAGCUGUAAGGAGUGGAAGUUUAAAUGCUGUUAGAAACUUUAUACAGACAGGUGUGUCAGUUGACAGUUUAGAUGAUACAGGUGUAACACCACUACUACUGGCUGUGUUGACAAACCAACCAGAAUGUGUAAAACUUCUCCUUACAACAUGUGCAGAUGUUAACUUUUCUACAAGGGAACAUGGAACUGGCCUCCACAUAGCUUGUAGUCAUGGUAACUUGCAGAUUGUCAAUUAUCUACUGCUUGCUGGGGCAGACAGUUCUCUAUGUGGACCUGACAAACAAACAUGCCUUCAUCUAGCUGCAGCAGGUGGUCAUCUUGAUGUGCUGAAAUCUCUAGUAUACAAUAAAACAUCAGUGAAUGUAUCUGAUCGUAAUGGUGUAACACCACUACAUUUAUCUGUGAUGAAUGAUCAUGAAGAAGUUACACUGUUUCUCAUUGACAAUGGUGCUUUAGUCAAUAAACAAGAUGUGAAAGGAAAUUUACCUCUACAUUAUGCUGUAAAACAGUCUAAUAUUGAGAUUAUUAAAACUUUAAUUGCCCAAGGAUGUGAUAAAGAUCGUAAGAAUUAUAAUGAGGAGGCUCCAAUCUGUACAGCAGUCAGGAUAGGUCAUGUGCAGACACUUCUACUUUUAGUCAAACUAGGUUGUAGAACUGAUAUAAGACAAACAGAUGGCAGCACUACUAUACACACGCUCGUGUCUACAUACAAUUCUAAAUAUCCUACAUAUUUCCGUACAGUGCUAGAAAUGUUAUUAUACGGCGGAUGUGAUAUUAAUUCAAGGGCAUAUAGUACACUUGAAACUCCAUUAUAUCGCGCUAUUAGUCUUACCAAAUCUGAAUGUGCAGAAGUUUUAUUAGCAUAUGGUGCUGAUCCAAACAUAUCUAGCCCUUUUGAUAUUACUGCAUUACGUUUAGCAUACAUGAGACAGUUGUCACAGACUUGUGUUUUUAUGUUGCACUGUGGGAUGACUUGGAAUCGGGAAAGUUGGAUAAAAAGUUUACCUUCCAUACAUUCUUCGGAGCCUAAUACAGUUCUAGAAAAAUGCAAACACUGGAGGACACAGCCUAGUUCAUUAUUAAACAUCUGUAGGAUAGCCUUUCGUAAACACUAUGGGAAAGAUUUACACAGAAUGCUUGUAAAGAGAGUAGAUAUGCCAUGUGCCAUAAAGAAUUUCUUCCUCCUAAAUGACUUAAAGAGACAGAAAUAUAACAGUUUCUUGGAAAGUUUUGGUGGUGGAUCUUGGGUUAACAGUUUGUUAGAUGAGGAAAUAGAAUAUGGUCCAUUUAAACGCAGGAAAAAUGAUAUCCCUGAUAUAUGUUAGAAUAUGGUCCACUUAAGCGCAGGAAAAAUGAUAUUCCUUAUAUAUGUUAG